AUGUGUGGCAGCUACUACUACGGAGGCUCUGGCUACGGAGGCUGCGGUUACGGAGGCUCUGGCUAUGGAGGCUGCGGUUACGGAGGCUGCGGUUACGGAGGCUGUGGUUACGGAGGCCGCGGUUACGGAGGCCGCGGUUACGGAGGCUGUGGUUAUGGAGGCUCUGGCUACGGAGGCUGCGGUUACGGAAGCUGCGGUUACGGAGGCCGCGGUUACGGAGGCUGCGGUUACGGAGGCCGCGGUUACGGAGGCUGCGGCUACGGAGGCCAGGGCUGUGGCUAUGGCUCCAGCUAUGGCUGUGGCUUCCGCAAACUGGGCUGUGGCUACGGAUACGGCUCCCGCUCUCUCUUCCCCAUCUUCUGGGAUUAUUUUGUACAACAGUACUCUAUUUCUCUUCAGCAACGAAGAAAUGACUCUCUAGUUGCUGGGGAUGUUACAGGCAGAAGUAUGGGAUAUUUUACCAAGAACCUGUUUGUUAAAGAAAAUCUAGUAGAUUCCAUGAAAAGAACAACCUCAACAACCAACACCAUGUGUGGCAGCUACUACGGAGGCUCUGGCUACAGGGGCUGCGGCUACGGAGGCCAGGGCUGUGGCUAUCGCUCCAGCUAUGGCUGUGGCUUCCGCAAACUGAGCUGUGGCUCUGGCUGUGGCUAUGGCUAUGGCUCCCGCUCUCUCUGUGGCUAUGGAUGUGGAUCUGGCUGUGGCUACGGCUAUGGCUCCCGCUCUCUCUGUGGCUAUGGAUGUGGAUCUGGCUGUGGCUACGGCUAUGGCUCCCACUCUCUCUGUGGCUAUGGAUGUGGAUCUGGCUGUGGCUCUGGCUUUGGCUGCUACUAA